UAAAAACAUUUUUUAAGGAAAAUUGUGACUCGAGUUGGCUUGCACGCAGCAUGGACCUAAACGAUGCUGUUCUUACCUGUGCGGUCAACAUACAGUGGACCAAUGCAGUGGGGAUUACUGGCCGCAAGCUGGCUUAUAAGACGGCCACCUUGCGCUUGGUCCGCAACGAUAUCCGGGAGCUGUUUGUGGAGGUGACGCCCGAGAAACUGAAGCCCCUGAAGUUUAAGCUGAAGGAUUUGAUGGUCCACAAGAAGUUCAUGGCCGAGGGCAAGGCCACGUUCAAUUUCAAGGCGGAGAACUGUGCCAUCUAUCUGUCCAAUGCCCCGCCCGGCACGCUGAUGUUCUUCCUACGCACAAUUUUCAUCAAAAUGAAUGGCGACGGUGGUCAGCCGGACGACGCCUCGAUGCAGAAGAAGCUGAGGGAGCACCUGCUCUCGGGCAAGCCGAGCAGCUUUGAGGACGUGUCGCCCGUGACCACCGCGGAGAUGAUUUUGGCGCGCAAAAAGGCGGGACUUGUGCCCAAAGGAACAACCACCACACCCUCGCCGCAGGGCGCCAAGAAGCGGCGCUUCGACGAGCUAAAGGAUCAGGAUCGAGAGAAAGGCACCGUGCCGGCGGCCAAGAAACUAUAUCAAUCCUCGCCUCUGGCCGGCACAGACGAAUCACUACGCCUCAACGAGGAGCAGAUGGAAGUGCUUCGUGCUUGCACCACUGGCAAAAAUGUCUUCUUCACGGGCUCCGCCGGCACCGGCAAGAGUUUCCUGUUGCGUAGGAUUAUCUCUGCCCUUCCCCCCGAUGGAACUAUAGCCACAGCAUCCACGGGUGUGGCUGCAUGCCUCAUCGGUGGCACGACGCUGCAUGCCUUUGCGGGUAUUGGUGGCGGAGAUGCCACCAUGCAGCGGUGCCUGGAGUUGGCCUCUCGUCCGGUCAGCGCUCAGACGUGGCGGAAGUGCAAGCGACUGAUCAUCGAUGAGAUCUCCAUGGUGGAUGGACAGUUCUUUGAGAAAAUCGAGGCAGUGGCCCGGCAUAUUCGUCGCAAUGACCGUCCCUUUGGAGGCAUUCAGCUGAUCCUUUGCGGUGACUUCCUGCAACUGCCGCCCGUGAUUCGAGGCGAUUUUGGUGCGGCGCCCAAUGCCACGCCCCAGCAGCGCUUCUGCUUUCAGUCCAGUGCCUGGGAGACCUGCAUUCAAUGCGUGUACGAGCUGAAGCAGGUGCAUCGUCAGUCGGAUCCGGAAUUCGUCAAGAUCCUGAAUCAUUUGCGCAUUGGUCAUGUGAAUGAAUCGAUAACCACGCGACUGGCGGCCACAUCCAGGCAGAAGAUCGAAGGCAAUGGCAUCUUGGCCACGCAGCUCUGCUCCCACACGAAUGACGCCAAUUCCAUCAAUGAAUCGAAGCUGGAGAACCUGCAAGGCGACAAGGUACUCUUCCGCUCAGACGACUCUGAUGCGGGCAUGACCAAACAGCUUGAUCAGCAGAUCCAGGCCCCAUCCCAGCUCUAUCUCAAGGUGAAUGCCCAGGUGAUGCUGCUCAAGAAUAUUAACAUAUCCAAUGGACUGGUCAACGGUGCCCGUGGCGUGGUAGUGCGAAUGGAAAAGGAUCUCCCGGUGGUGCGGUUCAAGAACAAUCAGGAGUACGUCUGCAAGCACGAAAAGUGGAUCAUCAAGACGGCCACCGGUGGUGUGAUCACCCGUCGUCAGGUGCCACUGAAGCUCGCCUGGGCCUUCUCCAUUCACAAGAGCCAGGGCCUCACCCUCGACUGCGUGGAGAUGUCGCUCUCGAAAGUCUUUGAAGCGGGUCAGGCAUAUGUUGCCCUGUCCCGAGCCAAGUCGCUGCAAUCCGUACGCAUCCUAGAUUUCGAUGCGAAGCAGGUGUGGGCCAAUCCCCAGGUGUUGCAGUUCUACAAGGGCUUCCGGCGACGCCUUAUGGACACCACAAUGAUACCACUGGGACCCAAGAAUAAGGACAAGCGGCCAGGCGAUGCCAACAGUGCUUUGGCCAAGAUCAAAAAGAGCCUGAUGAACAAACCAUUGGUUUCUAUUAGCUGAAUGGGAGGAUGGCACUCGACUUUUAGAUGAAUUUAAUUAGGAUUUGUACAACCUAAAGACUGCUUCUCUUUUGGAGGCUCAUCCACAAAUAUUUAAGAAAAACUUUCAAUGGCAAUUUUAUCACCCGAACUACGGAUUAAGACGAACAAACUAGUAUUAAGCCACAAGCUGACAUUAAAAUCUACUGCAUUUAAUCAACUAAACAACCUGAGAGGAGGUUCUCCUAGCAGAACCUUAAAGAAUGGCUUCUCGUGUGGUUAUCGAAGAAAUUACUCAAA